AUCAUGGCUUCAGACUCGGGAAUUCUUCUUUGAGAUGGCAAUGAGUAGUUGUAUCGUGGAAUGGCACAAGAUCUUUGGCUGUUCUCCUUACACCGCGGAAGCUCCAUGGUGUUGGUAAAAAGGCUUGCGGGGAAGUACAUCAGUAGCGUGCGAAAAAACUGGUCAGGGCUGGGAUCUUGACGCGGUACCAACGUCUCGAACAAGUAUUUAUGUUGUCAGGGCCCUCGACCUCUUGUCCUGCUGUUCCACUGUUGCCCUUCCAUCGACUUCACGCCAUACUCCCAUUUUCCUACAUCUCCAAGCAAAAGAGAAAUCUACGAUCUUAUCAUCGGCCCAUCAAAUCAUAAACCGCAUUUCUUCGCCAGUGUCUGCAAGAUGGCAUUACUUUACAUCAAGAACAUGGUCUUCCCGACCCAGAAACAGAACGGCUUAUUGCCCUCGUUCAAGCAGCAAUCACAGUAUGGAGCCUGCGACACAGCAUCGGAAAUUUCACAGGACGGCUCAGAUUCUUCGACUUUGAGGAGCGAUGCAGGAAGCUCGUCUUCGUUUCGAGUCGAUCCUCGUAUCAUCUCGGACGCUACUAUCGGUCUAUCAGAUGGCCUUACUGUACCUUUCGCCCUCACAGCUGGACUCUCGGCGCUAGGCGACACAAGAUUGGUGAUUUAUGCUGGACUCGCAGAAUUAGCGGCGGGCGCAUUAUCGAUGGGGCUUGGAGGGUAUCUAGGUGGCGUAAGCGAGGCACAAUCUUAUGCAGCAACAUUAGCAGAGACACGGAAAACCGUCAAUCAAGACCCCGACGAAGCCAACCAUAUCAUCAAAUCUACUUUUAACUCCUACGGCCUUACGGAGGAUGUUCUGGACGCCUUCGCUACGCAGAUCAGCUCCUGCCCGAAAAAGUCAGAAACUUUUAUCAUGCGUUUUCACCACGACCUCCCAGAGUCUCAAGCGGACACAUCACGGGCUUACAUUUCGGCUGUAACUAUCGCCCUUGGCUAUCUCCUCGGUGGACUGGUACCUCUAACGCCUUAUUUCUUCGUAAGCAACAACCAAACUGCCUUGUGCUGGAGUAUUGGGGUGAUGGCAUUCGCUCUCUUCGUAUUCGGCUAUAUCAAGACUCUAUUGGUCGGCGAGGAGAAGCGACUGCUUUGCGUCAAAGCUGGUGUCCAGAUGAUGGUUUUGGGCGGUGUUGCUGCGGCAGCAGCCAUGGGUUGUGUCAAAGCGAUAGGCUCAUAAGAUGGUGGAUUCUAGACAACCUCCCUCUUCCGCCACUGGCCCCGGAAACUACACACGAUACUGGCAUAACGAACAAGCCAACCUUUACGAAUUGUACCGUUAUUGCAUUAUAUUACUACAGAGAUACCCACAUUAGUCACUAGUUGCUCUCCAACUCUAAUAGAGUCUUCAGCCCUCAGUCUUACAACACCAUGAGGUCAACAUGAACAGUAGAUUCGCCAGCUUCGAUCGGGACCUCAGCCUCCGACAGAAUUCGCCUGUACCUCGCAAGAUACCAUAGUCGUAAUCGCUUCCUAAGGCGACCGCAUACAAAGAGAUAGGAUGAGCACACUUUCGUCCUUUCAUGUCGAAGUACUCUUUAUACCUUGAAUCUUGAUCGGAGUGCGGUGCCUACUUAUGUACCAUAUCAGCAUAAGUGUGCUGAGGUUGAGCUAGUCGUGACAAUGCACAACCUUUCCUGCUCAAUUGGGUGUCUAGACUCUAGUGAGAGGACG